AUGUCAAACCUUGCAAAACUCGAAUUUGUUGCUCUUGAUAUUACUGGAAACAACUAUCUGUCUUGGGUGUUAGAUGCUGAAAUACACUUAGAUGCAAAGGGACUUGGUGAUACUAUUAAAGAAAACAAUACUGCAACAAGCCAAGAUAAGGCUAAAGAUAUGAUAUUCCUUCGCCAUCACCUUCAUGAAGGCCUUAAAACUGAAUACUUGACUAUGAAAGACCCACAAGUCCUUUGGAGUAAUCUAAAGGACAGGUAUGACCACCAGAAAACUGUGAUAUUACCAAAGGCUCGUUAUGACUGGUUACAUUUAAGAUUACAAGACUUUAAGUCUGUGAGUGAAUACAACUCAACCAUGUUUAGAAUUACAUCACAAUUGAAAUUAUGUGGAGAGAAAAUCACGGAUGCAGAAAUGUUAGAAAAAACAUACUCUACUUUUCAAGCAAACAAUGUUGUCCUGCAGACACAAUACCGUGAAAAGGGUUUUACAAAAUAUUCUGAAUUGAUAUCUUGUCCCCUUGUGACCGAGCAAAAUAAUGAACUAUUAAUGAAAAAUCAUGAAUCACGCCCAACUGGCUCUACUCCAUUCCCUGAAGCGAAUGCGACAUCCCAUAGUGGGAAAGAGAAAAAGGCUAGAGAUCACGCCAGCAGUCGAGGUCGUGGACGAGGUCGUGGUCGCGGCCGCGGAUGUGGACAUGAUCGUGGUCGAGGUGGUCAUUUUAGAAACUCAUACUCUCACCAGAAGUGGGACAAUAAAGAUGGAAAUAAGAAUGAGAAGGAUAAAUAUGAAAACAUAUGCUACCGUUGUGGAGGAAAAGGCCAUUGGUCUCGUGUGUGUCGCACACCAAAACAUCUAGUAGACCUUUAUCAACAAUCAAUCAAACAGAAAGGAAAGAAAGUAGAAACAAAUUUGGUGUAUGAGGAUGGUGAAGGUGAUUUUGAUUACGGUGAUAAAACUCACCUGGAAGCAGCUGAUUUCUUUCCUAAUUCUGAAGAAAAUAAUUGA